UCAACCCCGGUCCUGCUUCAUGAAAAAUCCCCUUGUCAGCAAUUGUUCUAUAUACAGCAUCGAUCUUAUCGGUUUUUUGAAAGUUUGCUUGACAAUAACAUCGAUCAAUCCUUGCAAAAAUUGCCAGGAAUUGAAAGCUGUUCAUAUCGUUAAACCUGAAGCACCUUUUGGUCUAAAUAUCACCUACCAGGAAAAAGCAAAUGAAUAUCUUGUUCAAUUCUCAACACCACAUAUAGCAAACACAUUCCUUGAAGACAAAUUAAUACAUCAGUUAGCCUACCGUCAAGAAAAUACUAACUGGACUACCAAAGAAUUUAAUUUGCUUAUAUUAAAACUUCUGGGGAAGGAAUUUGAGUCAGAAGUAACGUAUGAGAUGAAGGUUCGAUCAAGGCCCAACGGACAUUAUUUCAAAGGCCACUGGAGUGAAUGGAGCUCAUCUCAAUAUUUCAAAACUUCAGCCAGACGUUCCCAACAUCUCAUUGUCCUGAUAACAGUGUCCAUUGCAACUUUCUUUGUACUUUUGGUUGUAAUUCUUCUGGUCCCAACAUUCUGGAAAAACAGGAUCAAAGCAAUUGUUUGGCCCACCAUCCCUAACCAUCAAAAAACUCUGGAUAAAUUCUGCAACAAACUAAGAAAGAACUCAGACACCAGUUUCUUUAAUCCUGAGAGUUUGGGAUAUGCUCACAUCCAUAAGGUGGACAGCAUUCAGGCUAAAUCAGAAGUUGCCCACCUUCACCCACCAACAUACAACCUGGAGGCAGAAGUUGAGAAUUUGGUGGAACAAAAAGGCAACUUGAACCAUAUUCAUCAUGAAUGGUUGAAGCUACCUCUGGCAUAUGAAGGAAUGUUGUCCACGGAGACGAAGAACAAGCUGUACAGUGGAAGUGAGAACACCUCUGCUGAUGGUUCAGUCCGCAGCAUCAAUCUAUACAAUGGGGGUAGAAUUGUUGACCAACAUGGCUGGAACAACAAUGAUCUGUGUAAAUAUUCCAGUGUCUCAAUGGAUCACAUUUUCCCUGAAUUAAAGACACGGUCUUGUGACCACACUUAUUCCAAUGGGGAAAUCAGGGUAUUAAAUAAAGAAGAAACCUAUGUCACAAUGGCAAGUUUUUUUGAAAAUAAGGGAAAAUUAUGAAAUUAAUACAUACAAGCAUACCGUUACCAAGAGGCAUUUCUAGGUGUUACAUAGGGCUGUAACAUCUGUUACAUUACUUUUCCUUCUUCCAAUGCU